AUGUCAUCAUUUCCCUCUGCAUUUCUUUAUAGUUCCCUUGUCUUAAAGCCAAUUUCCAAGACUAGGGCAUUAAAUUAUAAAUAUCUUUACUAUUUGAGCAAAUAUCCUUUGUUGACCAAGUCUUUGACAGCAGGAUUUUUGGCGGCGUUAAAUGAAAUUAUAGCUACAGUUGUUUCCAGAGAUUUCAAAAAUUGUGAAGAAAAUAAAUAUAGAGAAUUUAUAAACAAUAAGCUAAAAUUAAAGAGUUUACCAAUUGGUGUGGUUAAGACUGUUGAUACCUUGAUCUCAGUUUUAAUUAAUAAAAAAGUUAUAUUAUUAACACUUUAUGGAUUAUUUAUUAAUGCACCACUAAGUCAUGUUUUUUAUAAGAAACUUCAUAAAUUAAAGAUCUUUAAACAAUAUCCCUUGACAUUUAAAAAGAAGUUGCUUCAAGUUUUUAUUUCAUUGACAUGUUUCACGCCAUUUAUCACAUUAAUAUUCAUAUCCUUCAUUGGACUAAUCAAUAAAUUGAAUUUCAAGAAUUUUAGUUUGAAAUCUAUCAAAGAGAUUGUUGUAUCUACACUAAAGGCCAAUUACUUUUCAGCCUUAAAAGUCUCAUGGAUAGUAACACCAUCAUCAGUUUUGUUUGCUCAACACUAUUUGCAUCCAAACACUUGGACAGUCUUUUUUGCAGUUGUUUACUUCAUAAUUGGAACUCUUGAGAACACUCAAGUCAAAUUGAGAUUGAAAAAGGCCAAAUUAGAAGAAAAGAAAAACGAUCUUAAAAGAGAUGCUGAAAAGGAGUUGGAGAAAGACAUUGCGCCUGAGGCUCAAGCCCUUAACAACCCAGAGGAUUAA